GAUCCUUUGAAGACACUUUAAAAAAACCAACAUCAAUAUUUACCGACUGGGGUCGCUGCAUUCAGCCCAGUGUCAGGUGUCGGUCCAACUGGUGCAACUGGCGCGAGGGUGUCUGUAGCAGUGCGCGUGCGUGUGAACGUGUGUCAGUGACAGAGAGACCGGCCGCGGGAGAAUAGUGUGUUUUAUCAGAUCUAAAAGAAGACCUGGAAGAAGUGUAGGAUAAACGCUGAUGGAGCAAACCUAUGGAGAGGUGAACCAGUUAGGCGGCGUGUUCGUCAACGGGCGACCGCUGCCCAACGCCAUCCGGUUGAGGAUCGUGGAGUUGGCCCAGCUGGGGAUCAGGCCGUGCGACAUCAGCCGCCAACUGCGCGUCUCUCACGGCUGCGUCAGCAAGAUCCUGGCGAGGUACAACGAGACGGGCUCCAUCUUGCCCGGUGCCAUCGGCGGGAGCAAGCCGCGCGUCACGACGCCGAACGUGGUGAAACAUAUCAGGGAAUACAAACAGAACGACCCCGGGAUCUUUGCCUGGGAGAUCCGGGACCGGCUGCUGACGGACGGAGUUUGUGACAAGUACAACGUCCCGUCGGUCAGUUCCAUCAGCAGGAUUUUACGCAACAAGAUCGGGAAUCUGUCCCAGCCGAACCAGUACGACACCACCAAGCAGGCGUCGGCGCAGGCCGGCCUCUCCUGCAACCACCUUUACCCUUACCCCUACCCCAACAACAUGUCCCCCAAGAUGAGCAGCCCGCCCGGGGUCCCCGUGACGGCGGGACACAUGAGCAUAUCCAGGGCCUGGCCGUCUGCGCACACCGUCAGCAACAUCCUCGGCAUACGAGCCUUCAUGGACCCGGCAGCCAUCGCUGGGACCGAAGGAUAUGCGCCAAAAAUGGAGGAGUGGAGCAGCAUGAACCGAGCUGCCUUCCCGGCGGCUCACACCAUCAACGGGAUCGAUAAAUCCGCCAUUGACGCUGAUAUUAAGUACGCACAGCCUUCCUCCACACUGUCCAGUUAUGUCUCGGCGUGUGCUUACCCUCCCACCAACCAGUACGGCGUGUACGGCGGCUCAGCAGGGGGGUACGUGGCCCCCGGACACCACCACUGGCAGCCGCAGAGCCCCGUCCUGUCUCAUCCAGGAGGCGGCAUGGGCAUGCACGCAGGGGAGAUCCACUCACCGAUGGCCUUUAAGCAUGAGCAGGCCCGAGAAGGAGACAGGAAGCCACCCAGUCCCUUGAAGCAGCAGCAGCAGCAGCAGCAGCGGCAGCAGCAGCAGCAUGAAGACUUGAACAAUGUGCACGGACUCAGUCUCCCUACCUCAUCAUCGUAACCGGAAGUCUUGAGCAGCAGACUUUUAAAAAGAACUCACUUCGUCAGCGCCAACCGUAAGUGUGAACUCUGACCUCCGCGGUCCGGCUGUGGCUCAAACACGGGCUCCCUCACAUGCAUUACGAGUACAAGUAGGCUGCAGCUUCUAGAGACCGUCACGGACAUAUGAAUGUAGGCUUGCAUGGAUGUGUCGGUGUCUCCCCUCAGCGGUGGACGGGGGUGUUUUUUUUUUCUGGUUUAAAAAAAAAUUUUAUGUUUUUUUUUUUUUAGUUUUUUCACUCAUAUGAGAAAUAGGAUUUUUUAAGGUACAAAAGCUCAGUUUGUCAACGAUGUUUAAUAUAAAAUCAUAGGGCUGUUCUUCAAUUCACCAUAGAGAAUAUUUUUAGGUUAAGACUUUUGCGCCAUGACGUCGAUUCUCCGGUGUCUCACCGAUGUGAACAGGGAACUAAAUUUGUC